CCCCAGGUCAGUGGGGUAAGAGUUCAGCUGGAGAUGCAUGCACUUUGGCAGCAGUUUGACCAGCUGGGCACAGAGAUGAUUGUUACCAAAGCUGGAAGGAGGAUGUUUCCAACGUUCCAGGUGCAAAUCUCCGGGAUGGAUCCUGCUGCUGAAUACGUCCUGCUCAUGGACUUUAUUCCUGUUGACGAUAAAAGAUACAGAUAUGCGUUCCACAGUUCAUCCUGGUUGGUGGCGGGGCGAGCAGAUGUUGUAGCCCCUAGCAGGAUGCAUUUCCACCCAGACUCGCCUGCCUGUGGAGCUCAGUGGAUGAAGCAGACUGUAUCUUUCGACACUCUCAAGCUCACCAACAACCUGCUGGAUGACAAUGGACAUAUGAUACUGAACUCCAUGCAUCGCUACCAGCCGCGCUUCCAUGUGGUGUAUGUGGAUCCAGCUCCCAACAGUCACUUAAAUGCAUACAGGAACUUCUGCUCUUUUUCCUUCCCCGAGACACGCUUCAUGGCCGUCACUGCCUAUCAGAACCACCGGAUCACCCAACUAAAAAUUGCUAGCAAUCCAUUCGCUAAAGGCUUCAGGACGACAGACCCCCAGGACCGGGUGGGUUAUUCUGGACCCCUGACAGUGUGGUGUCCACCAGAGGGCAGAGCUGAGCCUCUCACCACCAAACCUGGAGAGCAGAGAUGCUGGGCCUCAAAGACCUUAACAAGACAGGAGGACCCAGCCUCGUUGUUGGUGGAGCAGCAGUGUGGACUGUUCCACCACUGCAAAGACUCUGAGGGACUCACCACGGAAAAGAAAGAUGGCGACAGCAUAUUAGCACCUGCUUCCUUCCUCUCUAUUCCUUCCUACUGGGACUGUCCAGGAUCAUCUCAAGAGAGAGGCAGCCUGACAUAAGGAAAGAGAAGCAAACUGAAGAAGCUUUGAAUUGAAUUUUUUUGACUGACUGCUUGCUUCCUCAUUUGAUGUCAUACAAGUUUGAUUUAUGUUUUAUUUAUUAAUGAUAAAUGCAUAUAGCUUGUGGUCACCCUCACAGAAUUUAAUUUAUUGGGACACUAUCCAUCAAAACCAUAAUAUUCAUGACAAUAUGAUGGAUGCACUAUAAUGAGGCUAUAUGCUAGAUAAUACAACAGCAUACAGGAAAAUACAGUGUAGUACUAUGGGCUGUGAUGACCCUACAAACUCACAGCUGAGAACACAAAACCUUUUAAGUCUCACAUGGCAAUUUCUCAUCUUAACAUUUGUGCAACUACACCUGUCUGUUGCCUGAAAUAAUAAAAUGACACUUUGAAA